UCGGGAGCGGCCGAAGAGGGUUGGAAGGGCGCUCAGAUGCCGCGCGGGUGGGGGUGAGUCGAGAUUGGCUUUUCGCGAGCGUGAAACUCAGUAGUACGCUACCACCCACGCACGUAGUACGCACGUUCGCUCCACGUGUGGCUCCUCGAGCGGAGAAUCGUCCCCAAUUUUCGCGCGAGUCUGAUCGGUGUUCUCGAUCGAUUUCCUUGCCGAUUUCCAUCGAAGAAGUAGGGAUCGAGAAGGAUACGAGUGGAAGAAAAUCGGGAGGCGACGAGGUCUCGAGCGUUGUUUCGUGCCUCGAUCGUUGGGAGAAGGCGGAAGGAAGGAUUGAAUCGGAGAGGAUAGAAGGGUAGGAUCGUCUCUGGAUCGCCAGAUGAAGAUCGAGCUCGCGCCAAUUGUUGGAGGGGGAGGAAUGGAUGGAGAGGUUGGCCGAUUAUCCUGCUGAUCGACUGACGCGUCGCCGUUUCCUUUCUGGCCCAGCAGAGAGAUCGUCUAAAAUGAGAAUCCGCUCGACGGGACGGGGGACUUGCUCGAGUGGCGCGGCGACGACGCCGCCUCUAUUCCAAGCUGAUCGCUGGCACCUUUAGAAAAAAAAAAGGAUCGAGAAAGGAUCGUCAUCUUCAAACACUCUCUCUCUUUCUCUCUCUCUCCGCUUAAAAUGUCUGGAACGGAGGCACAUGGCGGCGAUACGAGUCCUACGCGUCGGCCAAGGCAGAGUAGAAUUCACAGCGUCGGGCUACCGACUCGAACGUCCCUGCUUCCGGAACCCCCGCCCGCCGGAAGUAGCACUCCACCGCCGAUACCGCGCCGCCAUUCAGCCACACCUGCGGUCGCUCCGCCACCGAUACCGUUGCGGCCUCCAGCGAUCCCGAAACGGAGCAAAAACGAGAAACCGAUCCCCAUACAGACGAGUCGAGGGCGAAAAGCGAGCGACCCGAGCUCGCUGCCGUCCACGUCCAUCGCGCCUCUCCAUUCGUGGCCGAACAACGAGAAGUUGAUCGAUCUGGGCCCGUUGCAAGCGGGCCACGAUCUGCAACCCCCCGAUUACGCCUCGUUGAACUUGGCCGCGGGGGAGGGGGCGCGAGAGGCGGGCGAGGGCAACGCGGAGUUCGUGGCGGACUUCGACAAGGCGAAUUUCCUUUCCGGGGAGGAUUGCGGGGGGAUCCCGGAGAAGUCGAGUUUCGAGGAGCUGCAGAAGGCGUCGCGGGAUCUCGAGAAGCGGUUGCACGAGAGGAUCGUGGCGAGCGGCGAGUCCAAGUUGAAAGAUCAGGCGACGAGCAGGGAGGAGAGGCGGAGGCAGGCGAAUGGGCAGAAUAACAGGAUGCAGUCGUCCAAGUCGGGGAAGGAGAGUUUCAAGGAAGUUGGGGAGAGAAAGGCUCGAGAAAAAAUCACGGGGUCCCGAAGGGAGGCCCCGCAGGACGAGGAGACCAAGUUCGCUGCCCUGGUCAGGUCGCAUCGCGAGGCGGAGAAGAGGUGCAAGUUCGAAGAGCUUCAGGCAGCCUCGAGGAAGCUCGAGAGACGGUUGUACGAGGAGGAUGAGCAUCUGAGGGCGAACAAGGAGAGACCUGGCAGGUACGAGGAGGCGCAGAGAGGGAUCUCGCAGGAUCUCGAGAGACGACUGCAUUCCGAGCAAAAGUCCACCGAAGCUGUACCGCGCGGCAAGUACGAGGCGGAGAUGGACAGGGUGAGGAACAUCCUGCAGCACAAUCUCAGGAAGGAGAGGAACUGCGAGAAAUUGGAGAAGCUGCCAAAGGCGACCCAGACGAAUCUCCCCCCUCCUCUGAGCGCGAUCUCGCAGAGUUCGGUGCCGAAGCCUAUGAGCGUCCGCCAGGACAGCAACGUCUCCUCGGAUAGUUUCAGCCAGACCAGUUCCCCCAGCUACACCAGCAAGACCAUGGAGGCGCCUCUUUUACCGCACAAAUACAGCAAAGUGCCAGACAGAGCACUGGUCUCGGAGCCGGAGAACUCGUCGGGGCGGACGAUCACCAAAUCGACCAGCACGCCGGCCAGCCUCCAGGCGAUCGUCAGAGUUCACGGAGGGAACAAUAGCUCCUUGCAUCACAAGAUCAUCAGCGACAUGGCCAGCAGCCACUACGUAACCAACGGGGGAUUGCGUUUCAGAUUCGUCCAGGUGUUCUUCAACGCUGUCGCCCUGUUGGUCAUUGCCGGUGGUCUGACCAUUUACUUCAAGUCGUAUCCCGAGACGCUCAUAAGGGUGGAGAACAAAACGAUCUACACGAAAAUGGUCGCUGUCACGGAACGUGCCCCACCGGCGAUCGAGGAGAAGAAUCCUGCCCCAGGCGUUUGCCUGCCCAUAAUCGUGGCGUUUUGCAAAUACCAUAAGAUCCCGUAUAAUUUCACCAUCUUCCCGAAUUACAUGGGCAAUUUCGGGCAGCGAGACGCUCAACACGAGUUGGAACUUUACAGUGCCGUGAUCGACGUCAAAUGCUACGAAUUGGCCGCCCUAUUUCUGUGCAGCGUUUUCGUCCCGAAAUGCGGAUCCCGGGGCCACGUGGUGCGACCGUGUCGCAGCCUCUGCUAUCAUACCAAGAGACGUUGCGGAUUUUUCCUGGACGUGUUCGGCCUCACUCUGCCCGAGUAUCUGGAAUGCGAUCUGUUCCCGGAGAAUUCCAAUUCGGACGAGUGUGUGGGGCAUCAAGAAGUGCUGGACGCGGCGCGGAGGGCGGAGAAACCCGUAUGCACCAGCGGGUUCCAAUGCGAUGGGACCAGAUGCAUUCCGGUCGACUGGCGAUGCGACGGCCACUUGGAUUGCGAGGAUCACAGCGACGAGAUUGGAUGCGGCGAGUGCGCCGCCUCCUCCUCCCCCUCUUCAUCCUCCCCUGCCUUCACCACCAAGAUCGUGAAGAAGCCCAUCCUGGCCAAGAACACCGUCUCCAAGUCGCCCUUGCAUUGCGGGGAGAAAAGAUGUAUGUCGGCCAACCACAUCUGCGACGGGGUGAUGGACUGUCCUUGGGGUCAGGAUGAACGAUAUUGCUUGAGAUUAAGCCAAAGAAACGGAGACAAGGGCGAGGGAAGGUUAGAAGUUUAUCACGCAGAGAUGGGCAAGUUUAUGCCAGCUUGCAUUCCUUACUGGGAUUCGAAUUCCGCUAAAACCAUCUGCUCGAUGCUCGGAUAUACGGUGGCACUUUCGUACAAGUUGGCGCAAGACAUGAAUCUCACUCGAAGAGAGAACACGAGUCAGCAUACCAAUCUUCUGAAGGAAUUCCAGGAAUGCAUUACGGAUCAGGAGGCGUAUCCCACCGCGGAAUUGACGUGUUCGGAAUAUGCUUGCGGGCGGAGAAACACUGUUUACGGAAACGUGAGGGCGAAAACGAGGAUCGUGGGGGGUGUGGAGUCGGCUCCUGGUGAUUGGCCAUUCCUAGCAGCUCUUCUUGGCGGGCCCGAGCAGAUCUUCUACUGUGCCGGAGUUCUGAUCGCUGAUCAAUGGGUCCUGACAGCCUCUCACUGCGUGGGAAAUUACUCCGACGUAACUGGAUGGACGAUACAGUUGGGGAUCACCAGAAGGCACUCUCACACUUAUCUUGGCCAAAAGCUGAAGGUAAAGAGAGUGGUACCCCAUCCAGAGUACAAUUUAGGCUUCGCUCAGGACAACGACGUGGCUCUUUUCCAGCUCGAAAAGCGAGUUCAGUUUCACGAACACCUAAGGCCAGUCUGUCUGCCAACGGCCAACACUCAAUUAAUACCCGGCACGUUGUGCACCGUGAUCGGUUGGGGCAAGAAAAACGAUACCGACACCUCCGAGUACGAAUUAGCUGUGAACGAAGUUCAAGUUCCCGUCUUGAACAGGAAAGUGUGCAAUUUUUGGAUCGCGUACAAGGAAAUGAACGUCACCGAAGGAAUGAUAUGUGCAGGAUAUCCGGAUGGAGGAAAAGACGCGUGUCAGGGCGAUUCUGGGGGUCCAUUGUUGUGCCAGGACGAGCAAGACAAGGAGAAAUGGUUCGUCGGUGGAAUAGUGAGUUGGGGCAUAAUGUGCGCCCAUCCGAAAUUACCAGGUGUGUACGCUUACGUGCCAAAAUACGUGCCCUGGAUACGGAAUCAAAUGGCCAAGUAUUCUAAAAUGAGUAUGGGUUAAUCAUGGGAAAGGUAAAAAAAAAAAAAAAUCACGACGACGAUGAUGACGUUUGGUAAAUCGAAGAAGGUCAUCCAGCUGAAGAGAUUAAAUUCGAGAUAUUUAAUUAAGACAAUAAUUUUAAACGACAAUAAGCUUAGUUGAGAAGAAACAGUUGUAGGAACUACGUUAUAGAUCUUCGAAGAAUAUUUUCGGGAUAUAUUAGUGAUCGUAUACUUAGAUAGGCGCAAUUAUUCAAACUGUUUGAGUUGAUCCGUUAGCUUACCAAGGAUAUUCAUAACUUUGUUACAAAAAAAAAAAAAAAAGAAAAGAAG